AUGGAGCGAACAGCCCGCUCGCCCACGGCCUACGAGCCUCUUCCAGCACACUUGCACAGCGUCGGCGACGACCACACAAACGGCAUCCAUACCCCCAGCUACGGCGGCAUUGUGAACACGGGCGUCGAGUGGGACUGGAUCGUCAACCAAGACGGAACAAAGACCCGAACGCCUUCCAGGUCCCCCAAUCGCGCCGCAGCUGCUCGCGAGCCGCACCGUACCAUGUCAAAUCCAUUGGAAGCGGCCCCAACAGACAACAUGCCCACCCCGUCGACUCAAGGCUCUGCCUCGGCACACGCGUUCUCGGCGCACCCGUCCUCGCAUCCCCAUGAGCCAACCAUCUCCGAGGAGGCCAGCGCCUACGUCGGCCGCAGCGUCAGUUCUUCCCAGUCUGCUGCUGCAUCCGCCACGCGCCCUCCUCCACUGAGCAGCCCGAGGAAUCCCCCUCCGCCGACCCCGCUGGCUCCGCCCAACGCGUCGCACACCCACACCGCGCAGUACACCCCGAGCGCCCCUUCGUCAUCGUCCAAGCGGCGCCAGUACCGACAGGUCGGCGACUGGAUCCUGCAAAAGACUCUGGGACAGGGUUCCAUGGGCAAGGUCAAGCUCGGUGUCAACGUCCACACACAAGAACGAUGUGCUGUGAAGAUUGUUCCUCGCCACCGCGACGAUGGCAAGGCCGGUGAAGCCGGCCGGGCAAAGGACGAGUCCAAGGAGAUCCGCACUGUCCGUGAGGCCUCGAUAUCGCUCCUCUUGCACCACCCGUACAUCUGCGGAAUGCGCGACUUUCUCGUUCACCAAAACCACUACUACAUGGUGUUUGAGUACAUCGAUGGUGGCCAGAUGCUCGACUACAUCAUCGCCCACGGUCGUCUGCGUGAGCGAGCAGCGCGCAAGUUUGCCCGCCAGAUUGGCUCGGCACUCGACUACUGCCACCACAACAACAUUGUGCACCGUGACCUCAAGAUUGAAAACAUUCUCAUCUCCAACAACGGCAACAUUAAAAUCAUCGACUUUGGCCUUUCCAACCUGUACUCUCCCAACCGCCACCUCUCAACCUUUUGCGGCUCGCUCUACUUUGCUGCCCCCGAACUCUUGAACGCCAAGCUCUACACCGGCCCCGAAGUCGACAUUUGGUCGUUUGGUAUCGUCCUCUACGUCCUUGUCUGCGGCAAGGUGCCGUUCGACGACCAGUCGAUGCCUGCGCUCCACGCAAAGAUCAAGCGUGGUCUUGCAGAGUAUCCCGCCUGGCUCAGCAACGACUGCAAGGCCCUUCUGCAGCGCAUGCUCAACACCAACCCGCAGGAGCGUGCCACCCUCGCCGAGGUCCUCUCGCACCCCUGGAUGACCAAGGGAUACGAAGGCCGCCCAGACUCGCACCUCAUCAUGCGCGAGCCCCUCCGCGCUGAUGAGCUGGACAUGGAUGUCAUCAAGCGCAUGCAGGGCUUCACGUUUGGCACGCCAGAGGGCAUCUAUGAGAACCUCACCAAGAUUCUCACCAGCGAGCAGUACCAGCGCUGUGUUGCUGCCUGGGACGCGGGACGCGACCGUCGCCCACGCCCUGGCGCCAACGGCUCUUCUUCCAACAACAACCUCGCGGUCGAGUCCGAGUCGCCCAAGAAGAAGCGCUUUAGCGGCUUUGACCUCAAGAAGAAGCUGUUCAAGGAGGAGAAGAAGCCCGAGGAGCCGUUGGCCGUGGUCAGGGAACAGGUCGACCCCAGCAGUGGCUUUGACCCGCUCAUCUCGAUCUAUUUCCUCGCCCGCGAGAAGAAGGAGCGCUCAAAGGUGUACGGCAACAGCCACUUUGCCUCGUCGCGUGCCAGUGUCGAUGGCUCCGCGCCGGCAGCCCAGCCCAUUGCCUACAACAUGGCUCUCCCCAGCCUCCCUGCCCCUCCGACCGCCCACGGCUCUGGCUACGAGCACGGUGUCCCCGGAUCGCCUCGCGAGGCCGCCAACACUGUUCGUGUGCGUGCAGAUGACAUGCCUUCUGCUGCCGCUGGCGUCAUGUCGCACCCAUCGGCCGACGGCGCACGAUCCAACAUUGCCGACGUCCCCGCCAUGCACAGCGCGGCACACCGUCGCGGCCAGUCCCAGGCUGCGUCUGCAGCAAUGUCGCCGUCCUCUCUUGCGGCGCCCCUCCACGCCAUGGACGGAAACACGCCUCAACGGAGGCUGUCACAGGAGCAUGGUGGUGAUCGCCGGACGUCUGUCGGCUCCAUCACCAACACGAUGGGCCAGGCGUCGCUGUCUCGCGACACCAGCCAGCGGACCUCCAACACUAACACUCUUGCCCCACCUGUCACCCCUCCCGAGUGGCCUCUGCAGCUUGGAAUGGGUAUCAUCCAGGACAAGAGCGGUGGUAUCCGCCCCGUCGGCUCGCCCGAGGUGGACGAGAUUGAGGCUGCAGACGUUGCCAACAUUGACGUCAAGAGCGUCUACCUCAAGGGCCUCUUCUCAGUGUCGACGACCAGCACCAAGUCUGCGCGCACAUUACUCAAGGACAUUUCGCACGUCCUCGACCGCGUCGGCAUCAAGUACCGACCCAUCCGUGGCGGCUUCGAGUGCAUCCACGUCCCUUCGAUCGACCUCGCUAGUGUGGUCCAUGGGGACGAGGCACGCUCUUCGCUCCACGUCCCACCGGGCUCCCAGUCCAUCGAGUCCUCCCCCAGCAAGAACAGGCUGGCUCUGCGCAAGUCUGACCUGACCGGCUCGACCGCCAAUUCACGCGACUCGCCGUCCCCUGCGCACCACGACCGCGGCUCGUCGGGCACCGUUGGCAUGCUCGACACCGCGUCCAUGUCCACACCCAGCAAGGCCAAGGUGGACCAGGACGACGGUGACGCCUGGGGUGCACAGUUUGGCGCCCAGAGCCCGCUUUGCGUUAGGUUUGAAGUGUUUGUUGUCAAGGUGCCGUGGCUCCCACUCCAUGGUAUCCAGUUCCGACGCAUCGGCGGCGACGGAUGGCAGUACCAGCAGCUCGCCAAGACGAUUCUGCGCGAGAUGCGGUUGUAA